AUCUCGCACUGAUCUGCUGCCUGCUGUUGCUGCUUGCUGCUGCCUACCUACUGCUGCCUGCUUGUUGCUGCCUACUAGAUACCAAUCUGUUGCUCAAUUUGGAGAGACGAUGAACACUGAUCUGUUGCCUGCUGCUAUUGCUGCUGCGUGCUGGGUAUCGAUUUGCUACUGCGUGCUGGAUACCAAUCUGCUGCUUGAUUUGUGGUUUUUUCUUCGUUGGAAAAAUGAUGGAGAUUGAAGAAUGGAGACUGGAGACUAGAGAAGUAAAGAAGGAGAAUCAAUGGAUGAUGACAACUAGAAAAUGGAUUUUCCAACUUUGUUUUGUGGAGAAUGAAAGCGUUAAUGAAAUUAUGAAACCCAG